CGGGCCAGCAUGUAAUAACAUUAAUCAUGGGCUUUAGCAACAACAGCAACUCAUCCCAAACUCCCAUCCUGAGACACUAAACGCGGCAGCUCCGGGCCGCUCUGUCGCUCUACGGACGCCCAAAUGGACGUCGAUGGACUGGAAUGAAACCUCCACUUUUGACGGGCUGAAGCUGGGAGAAGAAGGGACACAAACCUCUGCAUGUUUAAGUUUUCUGCUCCGAUCACAGGGGCAUCGCUGCGUGCGUUUUGGAUGUGCGUGUGGAAGUGUGUGUUGGGUGCGUGUGUGGCGGUGGUGGAGGUGCUGGUGGAUGUGCUGGUGGUGGCGGCGGCCGCGGGAAGGGAGGAAGUUUAGCGCCGUGAUUUUUCUUUUCGUCUGUUCCGCUGUGUUGUUUUUCAUGUGGCAGCAGGGGACGGGCGGAUGAACGUUUCCCUGAUGAAAAUUAAGCAUCUGUGGAGAGGCUCUGUGAUCGUGACUAUGAUGAUGAUAUCGAGUAAGAGCGUGGAGUGGCUGCAGGAGGAGCUGGAGUCAGGGGCCACCUCUCUGCUGCUGCUGGACUGCAGACCCCAUGAGCUUUACGAGUCCUCGCACAUCGAGUCGGCCAUCAACCUGGCCAUCCCGGGCCUCAUGCUCCGCAGGUUGAAGAAGGGGAACCUGCCGAUCCGCUCCAUCAUCCCCAACAACGAGGAUAAGGAGAAAUUUGUGAAGCGGUGUAAGACGGACGUGGUGGUGCUGUAUGACGAGGCGACCACGGAGCGACAGGAGUCCGGGCUGGGGAGCUCCGUGCUGGGGUUGCUCCUGCAGAAGCUGCGGGACGACGGGUGCAAGGCUUUCUAUCUAGAGGGGGGCUUCAACAAGUUCCAGUCUGAGUACCCUGAGCACUGCGAGACCAAUUUGGACUGCUCGUGUCCCAGCAGCUCCCCGCCAGCGUCUGUUCUGGGUCUGGGAGGCCUUCGCAUCAGCUCAGACUGCUCAGACGGGGAAUCUGACCGUGAGCCCGGCAGUGCCACAGAGUCAGAGGGCAGCCCGCUACCAAACAACCAGCCAGCGUUCCCCGUCCAGAUCCUGCCGUACCUUUACCUGGGCUGUGCCAAAGACUCCACCAACCUGGAUGUGCUCAGCAAGUACAACAUCAAGUACAUCCUCAACGUGACGCCCAACCUGCCCAACAUGUUCGAACAUGAAGGCGACUUCAAGUACAAACAGAUCCCCAUCUCCGACCACUGGAGCCAGAAUCUCUCUCAGUUUUUCCCUGAGGCCAUUUCAUUCAUUGACGAGGCCCGCUCGAAAAAGUGCGGCAUCCUGGUGCACUGCCUGGCCGGGAUCAGCCGCUCGGUGACCGUCACUGUGGCCUACCUGAUGCAGAAGCUCAACCUGUCGCUCAACGACGCUUACGACUUUGUCAAGCGGAAAAAGUCGAACAUUUCCCCAAACUUCAACUUUAUGGGCCAGCUCCUGGACUUUGAGCGGACGCUGGGCCUCAACAGCCCCUGUGACAACCACUCGUCCUCCCCGACACACGACCAGCUCUUCUUCACCACCCCGACCAAUCACAAUGUGUUUCAACUGGACACGCUGGAGUCCACAUGAAAAUUAAGGGAAAGGGGAGACUGUCCCAUCCAAAGGGUCGAAGUGGUGUUGUUACCACGGUAACAAGCGGCUGCACUGGAGGGAAGCAGCCAGUUUUAAUGAAUGUUUUAGCCUCCAGAGGCUCGUUGUCUGAGAGCCUGGCCACGGAGCAGCUUUGAAGGGAGAGGGGAGGUCACAGAUAAAGGGAACGGGGAGUCUUUUUUUAACCGAGAAGGAACACUGACGGGUGGGUUUAUGGCGGCGUCCUCCUCGGAGUUCAUUGAAAUCGAGGAAAAAGCUCAACUUGUCUUGUAAUGAGAAGCCAAGGAGACUUAACUGAUUGAGAAACUGGGCGAAGUUCCGCCGCAGGACAGACAGCUUUAAACAAAGAUCGUGGCAGGGAAAAUCUACCAUGCUCGACUCAUGAGACGACAUCAUCCUCUCUGUCUUUCUAUCUCAGCUCUCAAGCUGAGCUGACUGGUGCCAAGUGGAGAAUCUGGGAUUUACUCGUAGGAAAUCUCACUCUACUGAAUGUAGAGUUUUUAAAAACCAAGGAAUUAACACACACGCACACACACAUAAACAAAGUAUGUAUGUUUGUACUGUAUGUACUGUUUGUAUGUUAACGUACAUAGCAGAAAAUGUAUGGGCAGUCCUUAACAAAUUCAGUAUGUCUAUAUGCAUUUUUGUAUAUUUUUGUGUACAUUUACGCACAAAUCUAUACCUUAUAUAAAUAUAUACACAUAGAAAUCUUAUCUUUGUCCAAAAACAAAGUAAUCCAAUCCAAUAAUGGCUUAAGAGAUUGUAAAACUAAAGAAAGGGAAUGGGUGUGGUGAUGCCAACAAAGAGGAACGUUGUUGUGAUAUUCCUAGUUGUCUUUCUUUUUUUAGGUUAGUUUUACUUUUAGGUUUGUAAUGACCUAAUGCAGUUUGCACAGUGAUGUAGCCAUUGACUUGUUGGCACUCAAGGCCAGUGCUGGAAGCAGGCAUAUAAAGAGACAUUCAGAGAAGAUGAGCGGAGUGGAGAGGCCAGUCCCAGGCUGCGACGAGUCCUGACAGCUGUACGAUGCAGCAGGGAUGGAGCAGGAGCAGGAGCAGGAACUGGGCCCUGAGUGCAAAGGAUGAGGUUCAGGGGUUUGGAUCAGGUCAGGAGGAAGACAUGCUGCAGGCAGGACAAGGUAUCAGCAGUAGAAGUGUGGCUAAAGAUACUACAGUAGAUUUGACCUUUGGCCAACUGUUUGCAAGACUGCAGUUCCCAGUUCCUACUUCCUUCCCCAUCUGAUUCAUCAAGUUGCCUGACGAGAAGUACCAGUUGUUCUGACAGUUGUUUGAUUAUUUUAGUCGUUUGAUGCAUUUCUAACUAAUGUCAUUGGUUAUUUCAUCACUGCAUAGUGAGGUUUGCCAAACUGGUUUGUAAUGGCUGUAACUUUUGUACUUUGUCAGAGGCAUGAACGGUCAGGGUUAGCACUGGGGAUACUAAGACACCUUUUUGGGCAGCUUAUCUUGGCAACCUUGAGUGCCUCAACACUCUCAUAUUACCCACAUUGCAAACUUCUUUUUGCCCAAGAGGAAGCUGUUCAAUAGUGUCGCAUUUUAGGUUCCUUUUAGGACACAGUUAGAAAUUUGCCAAAAAAAAGAGGACUCUGGACAGGGUACAGGACCAGGUGUCGGGGCUGAGAUUGUAACCAAGUCUCAGUGUUGGCACCACAUUGUUUGUGGACUGGGACUGACUUCAGAUACAGACUGCACUUAUUUCAAUAGCUUCAUGUCCCUUAACUGCAUUUGGAGAAAGGGGAUCAGCCAUUUCGUCAAAGACAGAAUAGUUUGAGUUGAUUCACCCUUAAAGCCUUGGGAAUAUUAUAUGAACGGAAAUAUUAAACACAAAUGGAUAUAAAUAUAUAUUAUAGAGCUAAUAGUAAACAGAUCUAUAUUAUUUUGUAUACCUGAGCAUGCUGUGGUAUUGUAUGCUCUCUAACAGCAGACUUAACCAUGGGUUGGAUGUUGCUUUACCAGGUGGGACGACGAGCGAUGAGGACUGUUUUUUUAACUGCUGUUGCUGCUGAACACAGCGGUACACAGCGUGUGGUCAAGGAGUUUUCUCAGACCCUGUUCACAUCAGGAGCACUUCAAAGACAUUGUGAAAAUGAUUUUAAAAGUAUGGAGUAAAAACCAAAUCACAAAAUUCGUAGUGAGUCCAAAAAUAUGUUAAAAUUCCCUUAUGCUACAGCAGCACCUUAUUCUUCAGCAUGUGGACUUAUGGCAGAGUCUGUAAGUAAACUGGGCCUCUUAAAAGAACAUUUUACCUUUACUUUGCUUGUUUUAACUUCAUAAAUACAUCGGUUCAUGAUUAGGUGCACACUUGUUAGAUGUAAUCAUUAGUGUGCGUUCUGCUCAAUUUACUGGCAAAUUUCAUUCACACAUAAAAAAAAUGAAAAAGCAGAAAUUCACACUGCAGAGCCUGAAAUUGAAAAGGCAGCGACUAAUUUAGCAGUGUCAGUAGUGCUAAAAUGGUACCCAAAAAAUACCAAGUAGACAAGUACUAUGUUUGUCUGCACUGUCACAGCAGACAGAAUUAAAAAAGGGAACUGUUUAGUUUGAGGUUAGAUGCUAAAAAAUAUCUUGUUAAAGCAAAGAGAUCCCAGACUCUUAAAAGUGAGAGCAGAUCAUUGGUUAGCUUUCAUUUAGUUUAUUUUGACUGAUCUCACAUUUGAAUAUUUAAACUCCAAAUUCAUAAGUUUGUAUCAUAUAGCACUUAUCUGUAUAUGAGUUCUACAACAUCUGAAUCACCACAAGAGAGAAUUCUAAAUAUAAAAAAUAAACUUCUCUUCAAUCAUCUCAUUUGAGAACUAAUCUGUUCAAACUACAGCAAAGUGUUUUCAGGGUGGUGAUGUGGACGGGGUCUAAACAGAAACAAAGAACUGGGUUUCAGAGGGGACAGCAGUUGAAUCUGAACAGGGUUGGUUUUAGCUGGCCUUAUAUAAUCUUUCUAACUUGUUUCUAAUGCUGACUGUUCAAUACUCUUUGUAUCUCACUUUAGAAAAACGUUACGUAAAAAAAAAAAAAAAAAAAAAAAAGAUGAAACGUUUGUUAUCUGUUAUUUGAAUCAGAACACGGUAAUUAUAGACGGCGAGCUGUCUUCUACCGUAACGGGUCACACAAGGUCCUCUUUGUUACUCUGCAAUAUAUCAAAACACCUUUUUUGCAGUAUUUUGUAGAUCCAAGACCUCAACAUUUUUAAAUUCUUCUUCUUUUGUACUAUAUCUAUUCUAUAUAAAUAUACAAGAUCCAGCUCAAUAUGGCUUGUGGACUGAAGUAACAUUUCACCUGGGGUCUCCAAAAUGUAGAGCCAGUGUGCCCAGUACCAACACACACACCCACACAUAUACACACACAGCCAGAGCUGUGUUUCAGCAUGCCAGUUAUGUUUCACAAUAGAUAAUUACACCACCCGACUUAAAUAACUACAAGGUCUUUUUCCGUCUUGUUUUGAUAUAAUGUGCUCUAUGCUAUUCCUGUGGCCUUUCAAUAUGAAUAUAUAUCUGAGUAUAUAUAUGUUAUGAAUUUAUAUGCAAACGUUCCUCUCCUAUUAUAGCAUCAGAGUUGAAAAUAAUACUACCGUGCUUGAAUGGACUUCCCUUAUCUGGAGUCAUAUCCCACUUACAAUAAGGAAAAUGUUGAGGACUUGAUCACUUGCACCAUACGAUUGAAAUAUAUUUCAGUACGGAGCUUUUCUAUUUAAAAAGAAUAUGGUUGAUUUCAAGCUGCUUUCUUGUGUUUUUGUGUCUUUGUAACAAUGAAAGAGAAAUCAAGUCUUUUUCUCUGUUUGUAAAUUUGCCAGACCACGGGAACGGCCGUUUCUGUGUCCUUAAACUUGUAGCUACAUAUUGGUAAGAAUGUGCUCGGGAGUGAAAAAAGUGAAUGAGUUUUGUUUUUUUUUUAAAGAGGAAUGGAGAUGGUGGUGUCAAAUACAAAGUGAAAGAAAAAGUGAAUGAUUUAAAAAAAAAUGUUACCUCAGCGAGGAAUUUUUCAGGGAUUUUUUUGACAAUGCAUCUUGCAUCGUGUUACAGCUUCAAACACACGUUGAAUAGCUGUUUUGUAUUGUGCUGUAAACAGUUUUUAAAAAAAGAUGCAAUCUGUCUGUGUAUAAAAUGGGGGCAUGUUAACCGGGGCAGUUUCACCUUUCUGUCUACUGAAGGAAACACGAUUGACCCUAUGUAUUGUACAAUAUAUGGAAACAACACAAGACAUGUUUAUACCGCAAAUAAAUAUUGAAAUAUUUUUUUCUUUAACA